GGUUGUGUGUGACGAUUGAGUUGGCCAGUGUAGGGGGGGUCCCGACGUAUUUGAGGGAUUUAGAUCGCCGUUGACGAUUAUCAAUCUAAAUCAGGCGAUUCUGAUAUGGAUCGUCGAAUUUUCAAACCUUCACUUCACCCAUUAAUCUCUUCUGACCAAUUACGCCGUGUCUCUAUGGUGUGUUUGAUAAGAGGGAGUUGCUUCCUGGAAGUUGGAACUUCCGUAAUUACUCAGCCGCUCAGCACCCCUCUCUUCGCAAUUAGCCGCUCAGCAAAACAGCAGCUUCACUGCGAAAGUUUUCUCUCGCUCUCUCUUCCCAGUAAAGGCAGCCUCUCGCUCAGUACUAUUCGCGGCCUUGCAACCUCAACAAGUACCUCCAAUUAUUUUCUCUCGCUCUCUCUUCCCAGUAAAGGCAGCCUCUCGCCCAGUACUAUUCGAGGCCUUGCAACCUCAACAAGUACCUCCAAUUACAGUAGAAGAAAAAUGGGCGAUCAUUCGAUUGAGAGUGGUAAUGAGGCGGAGGCACCAAAAAGAGGAGGAUUGGAGGGGACGGGCUUGAAUCUGCCGACAAACCUCCAUAUGAACCUCAAGAAGGCAUCGAGUGACAAGGACAUCAAAGAUUUGCUCGACCACCUCAAACGUACCAAACAUCCUUUUUGGGAAUUUUAUGUGCAGGCUAUUAUCAAUUAUGGAGCUUCUUGGUGUCGUGUUUGCAGCCAAGUCCUCCCUACCUUCUGUCAUCUCAGCAACAAAUUUCCAAAUCACACAUUUAUAUAUGCAGAUAUAGAUGAGUGUCCCGACAUGACUCAAACUAUACGUUACACUCCGACUUUUCAUUUCUUUCGAGAUGGUGAAAAGGUAGAUGAAAUGCUUGGUGCUGGAGACCAAAGGCUACAUGAUCGGCUGUGGCUGCACUCCUAAUCCGCCAACGCAUUUUUUUUUCUUUUUGGGGUGGGUUUGAGGUGUGGGGGAAGGGAUUUUGGGGUUGGUUGCUGUGGCACAAUGGCAUUCUAAGGAGAUUAUGUUCUAAUCUAUGGUUGUCAGCUUAUCUCCACUGAUUGCAUUUAUAAGUGGCCAAUUGAUAUUUGCUUUCCUCUACGUAUAGUACUCGUCUAUGUCAGUAUCUUGCUCA